AUGACGAAUCUCGAAUCCGAGAGUGCCCUUCCCUCCAAGGAGCUCCGACAGGCAUCUCCCAGCAUCUUCCAUUAUAGGAAGGACCGUCUGGAGGACCCCACUGCAGAUCUCCGUUCCAGGAACGGCGACAUGCAAGAGGUCCAUAAUUAUGACGAGGGAGCCCUGUCAACUAAUUCAUUGCAAUUUAUCAGAAAUGUCAGCUCUAGAAUUACACGGAAUGCGAAGCGUGGCGCUAGACGUCGAGUGUUUGAUGCCGUCAACGAGGUGGCCGGGAUAGGGAACUUCCGAGACCGUCUCAUACGACAACGUGACGAGACUAGAAAGCGUUGUCGAAGCCAGUUGGGAUCCAAGCUCAAUGAACUACGCGAGGUCGCGGAUGAGCUCAGGCGACAGACUGCUUCCGAAGGAUAUGGCGAGCAGACUAGCGAGGUCGCCGGGGUGAGCCUAUUGUAG